CCGCACCGAGCCCCGGCAUCCCGGGACACCGGCAUCCCGGCCAGCGGCACACCGCCACAGCGCGACAGCGCGACACCGCGACAGCGGCGUCCCCGCGGGCAGGACCCUCCCCUGGCGUCCCCGGAGCGCGGCUGCCGAGUGCCAUGGCCGCGAGCUCCCGCUGACAUCGCCCCCACGCCUCGGGGAGCCCCCACCGCAGCCAUGGGUGACUCCUACGCCGCCGCCUUCCCCAGCGCCCCGGGGCUGCUGUCGCCGUCCGCCAGCCCCCAGGCCUCCCCCGGCCCCUACGGCCCCGACUACGGCCCCUUCGGCCACCCCUUCCCAGCUCCCUCCGGCGCCCAGGAGGUGCUGGGGGCCCCCGUGGUGGUGGCGGCCAAGGGCCACUCCCCGGGCGAGUGCCUGCCGGGGGUGUACCCCUCGCUGGAGAUGCCGCACCCCUACGGCUCCUGGUACAAGGGUGGCAUCGGGGGGGGGCUGCCGGGGGGCUCCGGGCCCGCGGCCCCGUCCUGGUGGGAUGUGCACCCCAACGGGGGCUGGCUGGGGGGCCCGGCGGGCGCCGAGGGGCUGCAGGGCUCGCUGCAGGGCCAGCCCACCCUCAGCCCCCCUCUGCCCAGCUACAGCUCCGAUUUCGGCGCUCUGAACCCCCCUCCUUACAGCAACGCCCCCGCGGCGCCCCCCGCCCCUAAACCCACGCCGGGCGAGACCCCGAAGGGUCCCCGCGGCGGCUCCUUGGGGGGACGCCCGGCGUGCGAUUGUCCCAACUGCCAGGAGCUGGAGAGGCUCGGCGGCCCGGGGGGGUCGCGGCGGAAGCCGGUGCACAGCUGCCACAUCCCGGGCUGCGGAAAGGUGUACGGCAAAGCCUCGCACCUGAAGGCGCACCUGCGCUGGCACACGGGGGAGAGACCCUUCGUGUGCAACUGGCUCUUCUGCGGGAAACGCUUCACCCGCUCCGACGAGCUGGAGCGCCACGUCCGGACCCACACGCGCGAGAAGAAGUUCACCUGCCUGCUGUGCAGCAAGCGCUUCACCCGCAGCGACCACCUCAGCAAGCACCAGAAGACCCACGCCGACCCCGGCCCCCCCAAGCCGCCCCCCGGCGCCGAGCAGCCCCCCGCGUCCCCCCGGCCGCCGCCCGCCUCGCCCGGCAAGGACGGCGGCAGUCCCGAAGCCGGGAGUUUGUUGGAGAUUUGAGCCUUUCAGCCUUUGUCUUCCUCCUCCUCCUCCUCCUCCUCCUCCGCGCCGCUGGGGAUAUUUAUUACGGGAUGCUUCUCCCCCAGGCUCCCCCCCUCAAUUCUCCAGCUCCUCAUUAGCUAUUCUAAUUUAUGUCUUAAAUUAUGGGGGAGGCUCUCCGAGCGCUCUGGGGCUCACAGGGGGGUGUCGAGGUGAGAACCCCCCUUUCUGUUUUCCCUUCAACCCCCCCCAAACCUUCUUGUCCCCCAGCCUUCGCCUCGCCCCCCGCACUCAGGGACAGGGUUUGGCCCCCUCCCCCGGCCUGGUUCAUCAGUGCUAAUAUAACGUGUUCCCCCCUCUUUUUUUAGCUGCCUGCCCCUCCUGCCCCCCUGGAAAAAAGCAAUAAAAGGAUUGAGAGUGGA